AUGCCUAGUCAAGAAGUGGUAACUACAAAGGUAGUGGUUCAUCCACUUGUUUUGCUUAGCGUUGUCGACCACUUCAACCGUAUGGGCAAAAUUGGUAAUCAAAAAAGAGUAGUCGGCGUGUUACUUGGUUGCUGGAGGGCAAAAGGAGUUCUUGAUGUAUCAAACAGCUUUGCAGUUCCAUUUGAUGAAGAUGACAAAGACAAAUCAGUCUGGUUUUUAGACCAUGAUUAUUUGGAAAACAUGUAUGGCAUGUUUAAGAAAGUUAAUGCAAGAGAAAAAGUGGUAGGAUGGUACCACACUGGUCCUAAAUUACAUCAAAAUGAUGUGGCUAUUAAUGAAUUAGUAAGGCGUUAUUGCCCCAAUUCAGUUCUCGUCAUUAUAGACGCUAAGCCCAAGGACUUGGGAUUACCAACUGAGGCUUACCGAGCAGUUGAAGAAGUUCAUGAUGAUGGAAGUCCCACAACUCGCACCUUUGAGCAUGUUCCAAGUGAAAUUGGAGCUGAAGAAGCAGAAGAAGUAGGUGUUGAGCAUCUACUGAGAGAUAUUAAAGAUACUACUGUUGGAAGCCUUUCUCAGCGUAUAACUAACCAGCUACUUGGUCUUAGAGGACUUCAUUCUCAGUUAAGUGAAAUAAGAGAUUAUCUUGUUCAAGUUGGUCAAGGAUCUUUGCCUAUGAAUCAUCAAAUUAUAUACCAACUUCAGGAUAUUUUCAAUUUGCUACCAGAUAUCUUAAGUGACAACUUUGCUGAUAAUCUCUAUAUUAAAACAAAUGAUCAAUCCCUAGUUGUUUACCUUGCAGCUCUUGUAAGAUCUAUAAUAGCUUUACACAAUCUUAUCAACAAUAAGAUUACAAACAGAGAUGCUGAAGAAGGCAAAAAGGAUGAGGCAAAGGACAAGAAGGAAAAGAAAGAUGAUAAGGAUGAGAAAAAGUCUGAAGAUAAAGGAAAAGGAGACAAAAAAGAUAAAGAUGAAAAGAAGAAAUGA